AUGAGCCAAAUUCCCUCCGACGAAGAGCUUUUUGCCAUCCUCAACCAGAGGAUGUUACAGGACAAGCAUGGACUGGACCAAAUCUUGUCCAGAAUGAACGCUCCCGGUGUCAAUGCUGGAGUUUAUGGGCAGGCUGCUCCACUGCAGGCCCCCCCUUCGUCCCAAACUGCCCGCAACCUCGUCUCCCCAAGUGCCACGAUCGAUUCAAUCGAUGAAUCAAUCAACAAUCGACCUCCUCCUUCGACUCCCGGUACCACUUCCUUCUCAGCUGUAUCCAGUACAGCUGGUCGUCCGUCCUCCCAACUCGAUCUCAACUCUUAUCAAUCGCGCUACCCAUCUCAGUUCAUUGGACGUCAAACCCCCUUCCCUCACCCCCUGCAGCUUGCUCCUCAGCCAUCUUUCACCACCUUCGCGAGUGGUCUAGCUCCAAGCAGCUCUGCUAUUGCAGCUACGAAGAGACUGCCAGGAGGAGGAUACCAGCAAGCGACCAGUAGAGGCGUUGAGAAGGUUCCCAAGAUUAGCAAGGUUACGCUCGGUCGAGGGCAAAACAAGGCAAGUCUUAUUUCGACUACUCUUGGUCUCAUUUGGUCUUAUUUGGUCCAAAUUGGUCUGAUGAAGUCUUGCCAACGCUGGGUCAUCUUCAUUGGCUGUGGCUCUAUCUUGCGCACAAAGAUCAAGUUAUGGCAGUCGGGAGGAGGUCCCAAAUUCCUAGAAGCUGUCGAGCUGCUUGGUUAUAUGCAAUCAAUCGUCGUUACUAGCAACAUGACGCCUCGGGACGUGGGCAAUGAGGUGCUAAGAGUCUUCCGAUCUGUUCAUGGACCUCAAUUCCUCUCCACGCCUUUCGUCUGGGCCAAAUGUGGACAAGGAUCUACCAAAUUCGACGGAAGGAUGACUUGGCCAGGCUUCACCACUCCGAUUGAAGACUUGAAGGACAAGUUUCGCAACUCCUACUACAUUUGCAUCUUUGAGGAAGGGUGGGACUUGCCAGAGAACGACAAUCCAGAGUGGAGAUUACAGGUAGCGGGUGAGAUGGGCGAAGACCACGACCCUUGGGAGAAGACGAUCGAGGACGAUGAGGAUGAUGUUGAUGGACUAAGGAGUUGCCAAGGAUGCAGUAGACGAUACCCCCCUGAGAUGCUAGCCGCUCAUCAGGGGAAGUGUCAGGCAUGGUUGGACCAACAAAGGCGUCAAUUGCUCGAGGAGUCGGAGUCUGAUUCAGACUUGGAGUCAUUAAGGAACCUGCCGCCGGUGCAAGGGAGACCAAAAAAGACCUCGGGAGGUCAAAAGAAGACCAAGAGAGUCCUUCUCACGUCGAAAAAGAGACCAGGCAAGGCUGUCGCACCACUCUCCAAGUCCACAAUCGUCAAAGACGAGCCGACCGAGGAGCUGAAGGUGCCCAAUCCCAUCCAAGGCGAAGUCAUCGAGCUCAUCGAUAAUACCGACGAUGAAGAUGUCAAGCCCAGGAUCACCUCUGUCGACCAACCUCCUCUCUCUACCCAACAACUUCUCGCUCAGCUAGCACAGCAGCCAGGAUUUGGGGAAGAGUGGUUGCAACGUCAAACCCAACUCAUGGCUUUGGCUGACGCUGGAACCUCUGCUGUCGAUGGUCUUGGUCUAACGGGAGUCCAAGAAGAACCACUGUUCUACAGUGAAGACGAGGAUGGGGAAGAACGAGGGGUACAGGAAGGAUUUGGGGACGAGAAUCAUGAGCAGGAGCAGUGGAUCAACGAUCCCUUCGACCAAGAUCCCAAUGCGUUGGCAGCUGAACUGUACAGCCACUUGGAGACCCACAUGGAUUGGUCGGGAGGCAUGCCCGAGUCGACUGUCGAAGAUGUGGGAGGUCCGUCAACGGCUACUGUUGAAGAGGGUGGUCCUAGGGAAGUCGAGGCAACGGUACAAGGUGUAGAGGAGGCGUCUACUUCGGCACCUGUCAAGCGGGGAAGAGGAAGACCUCGAAAGACGAGCAACGGAAAAGGCAAAGGCAAAGAAGUCGUUGCUCCAGUCACACCAGUUGCAAGCCCUGCAGAUGAUUCGGAGGCCCUUGAGCGCCCAAACAAAAGGCGAAGGAUCCAAACUCAACGUUUAGACCUUGAUAACUACGCCAAGGCUGGUCGCAAAUGA